UUGCGAGGACUUCCAAACUUCGUCAGGCCUCUCACGCGUUUCCCUCAACAACUUCCGCUCUGGCGCUUUGCUCGAAACUCACAUCCCACGUUGUCCUCCUAUACAAACACAAACCUCUCUUCGCCAUCAUACAGCCCAAUGAGUUUCAUAACCGUCAAAUAUGGAGCCAACGAAGAACGACUCGCAAACCCCAACGUCCUCUCCUCCGUCCUCCUAAACCACCUAAAAACAGCAUGCGGGUUCGGCGACAUGCCCGAGAACGUCGACCUGGCAUCCGAGACGGGCGAGGUCAUUGAUCUGAUCAAUAAGCAGAAGGAUUAUGCGAAGCGAUAUGUGGAUGCUAGGGGGUCUUAUAUUUUGGUUAAGGUUUUGGGGGGUGAGUUGGGUUGAUGUGUGGGUUGGCAUUGGAGAGAAAUAGUUAAUCACAAAUGUUGUAGAUGACGGUGAUGAUUCGACCGCAACAUAUUCCAGUCUGCUUGACCAGGUCGGCACCGAGAAGCUCAAGUUCUCAGUAGUCCGCGCGAAGAACAAAGGCAAAGGUGGCCGCGCAGAUGGCACUUCGCGCCGCGGAGGCAACAACGACGACGACACACCCGCAUCCAACGCGUCAGUAGCAGGCAGUUCCGGGCUUUCAACUUCCAAUUCCAAAGAUGGCGCUGGCGGCGGUGGAGCUUCCAAUCGGAGAGGUGGCGGCGGGGCUGGUGCAGCGGGUGCGGG